UCGAACAAUUUAUGAAUCAUUAGAUCAAGCAUGGUCGAUUCUUCGUAUUUUCCCAAAAGAAAUGUUAAAUCGUAUACCACAAAAAGUUUUGCAAGAAUUUUAUCAUCGUGAUAGAAAAUCGAAGGGAACUCUUAGGAGUAAAGCUUCGACAGAUGAAUGA